AUGGCUGACGAGAGGGGAGGAGGUGAAGACAACAUCAACGACAUCAUGGGGAACCAGCUGCAGCUCUUACCAGACAAUGAGGAGGAGGAGGAGGAGGAAGAAGAUGACAUGGAGACUGAAGAUCGAGACAGUGAGGAUGCAGAGAAGCCCAACAUCAUCACCUUUGACCCCAGUCUCCCCACCUCACAUGCUUACCUGGGCUCUGACAUGGAGGAAUUUCAUGGCCGCACAGUCCACGACGAGGACAGCUGUCAGACCAUCCCUGUCCUGCCACACACGGCCGUGAUGCUGGUGCCGGGCCAGACGUUGCCUCUGCAGCUAUUCAGGCCACAGGAGGUCAGCAUGAUGAGGAGCGUCAUCCAGAGAGACCGGACCUUUGCUGUGCUUGCACACAGUGAUGCAGGCGAGCCACAGGCAGAGUUUGGGACCACAGCUGAAAUCUAUGCAUAUCGGGAGGAGCAGGAGUACGGCAUUGAGACUGUCAAAGUGAAAGCUAUAGGGAGGCAGAGAUUCAAGGUCCAUGAGAUAAGAACUCAAGCAGAUGGGAUCAGACAAGCCAAAGUCCAGAUCCUUCCAGAGAGAAUCCUUCCUGAUCCUCUAUCUGCCGUGCAGCUAACGCCCCUCUCCAGGCUGCACAUGCACCCCUCCUUCAAACCCCAGACUCAGAGCUGCAAACAGGCCCAGUGCUGGUGGAAUAACUACCGACAGAGGAAGUUUCACUGUGCCAGUCUGACGCCAUGGCCACCCUGGGUUUACGCACUCUACGACUCUGAGUCGCUCAUGAACAGAGUGAAGAAGCAGCUCCAUGAAUGGGAUGAAAAUCUGAAGGAUGACUCUCUCCCUACAAAUGCCGUAGACUUCUCGUACAGAGUGGCGGCCUGUCUGCCUAUAGACGACGCGUUGCGGCUCCAGCUGCUGAAGAUUGGCAGUGCCAUCCAGAGACUUCGCUGUGAGCUGGACAUCAUGGACCGGUGCACAUCACUGUGCUGUAAGCAGUGCCAGGACACAGAAAUCACCACAAAAAAUGAGAUCUUCAGCCUGUCUCUGUACGGCCCCAUGGCGGCAUAUGUCAACCCUCACGGCUACGUCCAUGAAACCUUGACUGUCUACAAAGCCAACAACCUCAACCUGGUUGGCAGGCCAUCCACACUGCACAGCUGGUUUCCAGGGUAUGCCUGGACAAUUGCUCAGUGCCGAACCUGCGGGUCUCACAUGGGUUGGAAGUUCACAGCCACCAAGAAGGACUUGUCUCCGCCUCGUUUCUGGGGUCUGACUCGUUCAGCCAUGCUCCCCCGUAUCCCCCACGGCAUGGGGGAUGACGGGAGGGAGGGCUCUCGCCUGCUCUGCCUGUGAUGUCAGACCAUCAUUUCCCCUUGUUAAAAAAAACAAACAAAAAAACCCCUGCAACCCUUCCCUCUAAGCCUUGAUUGUCAGCCACACUCUGGCUGUGAUUACUUUUAGUAAUCAAUGCAUCACACCCCGCCUGUCACCCCUGGCAGUAAAUCCAUCAUAUUAGUGGAAAGGUCACUCGGCCUUUAAAUGGCACUCAAAAGACAACAGGUCGGAGGUAGUGAUUGUUCUUAAAGGUUCUUAAAUUGUAGAUGCAUCAUUUAGACCACUCGGUGCGUUGUGAGAAAUUGAAAAAGAAAUGGACGAUAACAGGUUGAACAGAUUGACAUCAUCACAUGUGGUAGUCCUAGCAUGCAGCUCGCUGAUCUGCACCCCUGUCCAGCUGUGUUCUUGGUCACUGCAGAAACACAGAAACACAAAAGCGAUGCCUCAUGCAUUAUGCUUUUCACCCUUCAACUCCUGUCCUCUGUGUGAUGGAGAGUGUGACUGCAUGCAAUUGAGAUAGCAGGCUACUUCAGCCACUAAAAUCUGCUGUAUAACCAACCAGUCAAUAUAAAUUCACAUUCAGAUCCCUUGUGUGUUUUUCAAAUAGGUUUUCUGAUGUUAUUGACGACGGCAGUUGUUUUGAAUCUUUGGAUUAAAUUGGACGUAUUUUUGUACGCAAGAAGAUGGAAAUGAAUAUACUCUUUCAUGUGUGGAAUUUAUGUGCUUUUUAUUAUCACACCAGUUUUUGUGUAAUAAAAAAACACUGAGGAGACAAUGAUACCUUGUAAUACACUUGAUAAAAUCAGGCUUUGUAUUCCACAAAGACUCAUUGUCUUGUUAGAUGAUGUGCUUCAGGAAAUGAGCAUUAUCUCUGGUUGCACAAGUGAAAGAUUAGAGAUGUCUCGGUGCUGAAUGGCGGACAGGUUUUUCUUUUUUUCAAAAGGUCAAAGCUCAUUAAGACAGAGAGCGAGAUAAACAUUUACCCCUUCUUCAUUUAGUUCAUAUUCAGUGUGGCAUUUUAAAAUAGUGUGCCUACGCUCCAGCUCAGUGUCUUCUGAUAAGUUUGAUAUAUCAGUCAACCCCAGACGAGAAUGAAAGAUUGUAAAAGUGACGAUAAGAUUUAAUUGUUUUAGUUUUUUCGGUAUGCUCUUUAAUUUGUGGUGUCACUGCUUUCAGGAUUUUACUUCAUGCGAAUUUGUUGCAAGGUGCUGGCUCACGUUUGUAUAAAUGUAACUGUAAAUAAGAGGUACAGUUAUAGUGUUUGUUGCUCUUCUGUUUGUAGAAUCCAGCUCUGAUUUCAUUUUGCUUUUCAUGGCAAAAGAUUUUUCCAUCAGUAAGCGGAUUGAUUAAACAAAAUAAGAAGUUGUCAAGAAUAUGAAGAUGUUCUUCUGAAUGAAAUAUUUUUGGGUAUUUGAUCAAAGAAAUAGUUUGACAUUUUGGGAGAUGUGGUUGUUUGCUUUCCUGCCACAAGUUAGAUAAGAAUAUUGACACCACUAACAAAAUUCACCUAGUAGCACCUCUAAAACUCAUGUUCUUUGUUUGUUAGCUACAAAAAAGUGCAAACAUAUCAGUUUGUGAGUUUGUGUAAAUAAGCAUAUUUCCCAAAAUGUCAAGCUAUUCCUUUAUAUGGGAGGGGCCUUAAAGGACAGGUUCACAAUUUUUCAAGUCUUAAAACAACAGCCCGGUCCCCUAAUGAACAUUGAAGUCUAUAUGAAGAUAAGCGCUGAGGUAGUUUAAAAAAGUGCAUAUUUUCCAAAGUUUCAGUCUUUUUAAUAAAAACUUUGUUUUCUGUUUUUUUAACAAAACGAGACAGUAACUGUGAAAGAUAUAAACUUGAUUUGACUAAUUUGGGCAGAUGAAGUCUCAUUAGCUUUUUCCCCCAUUUCUUACAUUGUAAGUGCAUUAUGAAGGGAUUUCUUAAUGACCAGUAUGAACAAGAGGAAUGAUUACUGCAAACAUGUCUCAAAGUUCAUUUGGGCACCUGACUGUUGUUUAAGAACAGACUUGAACAUUUUUGAACCUGUCCUUUAAUAUUCCCCAUAUCACAUCACCACCAUGUCAUGGGUGUCCAGUUUUGAGUUGUGUUUACGCCGAGUGAGAAAAAUAGCUUCUUUUUUUGUUUUUGUUCUCAGGCAGAGUUUGCCUAGAAUUAAUUUUAAUUGAUGUUCAUAUUCUUGUGGUAGUCCCUUUUUAAAAAAUCAGAAAAUGUGAGCUUCCUCAGAAAUAGCUUCUGACUUUGAUCAUAUUUAUUUACUUAUGAUUUAUUUGCCGGACCCUUCAUCAGCUUCAUAUCAUAUUAUCUCAUCGUCUUUGUUUAAUUAAGAAAAGUUUUUUUUCUGUCAUAUCACUGGUUUAGCGUUCAUCAGGCUGUCAGACUUUCACAUGCGCCCGACAAUAUGGAUGCUUCACUGAAGAAAUCGAUGGCCUGGUUCCCAAAAAAAAGGCCUCUGUUUGUUUUUCCAUGUUGUUCAGUGUACCACAGAGUAAAAUAAACAUGCAGUUAUCCUGUGA